UACGCUGAAAAAUAAUAAAAUAUUUAAUAUCUAAAAAUAAAUAAGCAUCAAUAUGUAACAUAACGUAAUAAAGAAGAUAGUUAGCAUCGCAAACAUUGAAUACCUUCAAUGUCUGCCAACCACAAAUUUCAAAAGUAAACAAAAAAAGAAGAGGAAUAUAUAAAAAUAAGAUAUAUUUAAUUGAAAGAGAUGUCAAAAGAUAGACGAGCGCCUGCGCCCAUUGACGUAUUCUUGUUCGGGCCGGUGUUAAGAAGUCGAACAGGCAUAACAAAUUUUCUCGUUCACGUGAUCCCUAUUUUCCUGGAUCAUUCAAAGAUCACGACGAAAGGAUUAUGUGGCAGAACUGUUGAAAAAGUAGGAUGCAGUUUGGAGAAGUGUCGUUGAACCGGAUUCGUUCUGGUUGCUUGACUAGGUGUUAUUGUCGUCAACGACGUCCUCGACGGCGUCAUCGAGGUCGUGACAUUCGAAUUGGAAGGACCUGGCUCAGUCCAGGAUCGCUCGUAAAAUGUUGGCAGAGAUGGUCCGACUGUCUUACCAGCAUCGAGCAUUUUACUGCUACGUGAUUCUAAGCGUGUGGAUUUUCCUCCUCGUUGCUGGUAUGUACAAGUACAUAGGCAUAGAUGAGAAAAGUUCUAUGCAAACAAGAGUUCUGGGAAAUGAUAUUUCUAUCAGAGAAUUUCCCAGAAACCUGAGAGUUGAUGUAAAGACAAAAAAGAUAUUUCGAUUUUGUAAUCCUCCAAAUGAUAUUACUGCAGAAACAGAAGGAAAAUUGGAUGGGAAUCUAACAUUAGGAGGUAUCUUAGUAUUUAUUCGACACGGUGAUAGAGGGCCAUUAGCUCACAUUCGAAACAUAAGCAUAGUUAAUUGCGGUGGAGAGUUAAAUGAUAUGCCUGAAUUAGAAAACCUAUACCAGAAUUAUGUAAAUUUCCUACAGAAUGUCUCCAGCUAUUCCAGAACAGCAUGGGCACAAUUUCUGGGGCCAUUCCAUGGUUUUCCUAUGCUGCCUGCCAACUCUAAAGACUGUAGAAUUGGUCAAUUGACAACACUUGGCAUCGGGCAACUCUUAAAAACAGGAAUCAUACUUAAAAAUGCAUAUUAUCAUAAACUUAAUCUUGGUAAUGGCACCAUAUCUAAUAAAGACAUUGUUGUGUAUAGCACAAGAUAUAGAAGAACAGUUCAAAGUGCAGUUGCUUUAUUGUAUGCCCUGUUAGAGACCGAUGGUUUUCAGAACUUAGCCAAAAUUACUAUGCAAGAAAGUCAAAGUUAUGCAUUUUGUAAUACAGACUGUGCAUGCCCAGUUGCUGAAAAAUAUUUUAAGCAACAUUUGAAGGAGAUGUCUGAGCACCUGAAAUCUCAUCCAGCAGUAGCAGAUCUCAUAAGGCAGGCUUCCAGCGCAGUCUUUGAAAUCCCUGAUCAGGCACAAACAACAGAUCCCCAUACCCUGAAAGAUGCAUUGUUAACAUAUAUUUGUCAUGGUGCUUCUCUGCCCUGUGUAGACUUUGACACGCAACGUGUUUGUGUAAAAACAGAACACGUUACGGGCCUUUUCGCUUAUACGGAAUGGGAGUCUAAACAAAUUGCGAAGAGUAGCAGUCGCAGAAAGUAUGGAUUAUUAAGAGCUUACGGACUUCUUCGAAGCAUUGUUUCAUACAUGCUACGCAUUAUAUCGGAGGCAAAACCAAAAAUCGUUCUGUACUCUGGACAUGACAAAACUUUGGAAUACCUCGCAACGGCUCUUGGAAUUUUCUCCGACAAGCUGACGAUGCCUCAUUACGCUUCUCGUUUUGUGAUCGAAGUAUACCGUAUAAAUCCAAAGAACGAGAACCACGUAGCCAGUGACUUUUACUUCCGAGUUAUUAUCAAUGGAAAAGAUUUCACGCAGAAAAUACCGUUCUGCAGAAACGCUAAUUUUUAUAGUGUCAGUUAUUUCGAACGCAACGAUGCUGAGAAAACGCGCAGAGAUUCAAAAUUGUGCCCAAUCGAGACGAUUAUCAGGCAACUUCAUGACGAUUACUUCGGUCCAUUUAACGCGACUAACUUCAAAGAUGCGUGUACCAAUCACAAACGCGGUUAGUUCGAGUGUGAGAACUUUAAAAAUUUAAAUUUCCCGCGAUAAUAAACUGGCGGGUAUCCUAAGCUUCUUUAGGGCUAAUUUGUUUAACGCCCUUCUGUGAAGAACAAUCAUGAAUGGAAAAUAUUCUUUACACAUUUUCGAAUUUCGAAUCGAAAGAAAGUCGUAAAUUCGAAUCUCUACGUGUUCGAGCAUGAUAAGUAGUACUGUUAGAAUAUUUUACAAAGAAAGUAUUACAAAUUUCUGUAAGAUUUAUUACGACGAACGCAAAUGUAAUCUCCUGUUGAUAAGAAAUCGAUACUUUGCUACGAAAACUUUAAAAUACGAUACUAACAAAAAGUUGAAACUUAUAAGGGUGUGUUCUGGAUUGUGCCCGUGAGCUUCUCGGUGGGUAUUUAAUUUGCCCACAACUAUAUUAGAGCAUUCGUUAGGUAUCAAACAAUUGCCUAGCAUAGAAAAACUGUUGGUUUAUAUUUAAACUUAACCGAAAUACAAAGAGGAAAUAAACAUUCGCUCGCUCAGUCUAAACGCACCCUCAAAUUUGCACUGUUCAAGGUAUGUCUUCGAACAAACAACAUAAAAAGCCUUACAUUCUUAGAUUACAUUGAACAAAUUCAAAUGUAGCUUUAGAUAUAUCAAAGAUAUACAAAGCUAAAAUGAUUGCUAUAUAUUUUAUCAUAUAUCUUAUUGUACAUAUGUAAAUAACAUCUAGCUUCUAUAAAAGUUGCGUUUGUUCUUUUCAGACGCGAUGUAACGACACAUUGUGAUUAGAUAUUGUUAAACAAACGUCUGGAAAGAUACUAUAGAUCUCUACGUAAUUUGCUAUCUUCGCAACUGUUAAUUAGUGUUACUUCUCAUUAGUUUAUGUGACACUGUUAAUAAGCAAAAUCUUCUUUGCAAUGUAAAUUUAGUUCUCAUUCUAUCACAAUGGACCAGAGAAUCCUCGUAACGAUCAUACUUAAGUGCUGUUAAACGUGUAUCCAUUAAAAACAAUUUGCACGUUUCAAAUAGUAUUACAAACCGUACAAAAUGCGAAUGUAUUUAUUGAACUAUAAAGAGGCAACACUAUAGAUACAUUUUGUUAAAAUAUAUAUAUAUAAAUAUAUCGAUAAUAUAUCUCUAUGUGUAAAAAAUUAUUGCCGUCAAGUCCUUUCAACUUAUUGGUCUUCGUAGAAAGUCAUUCAGAUAUUUUAUUCACAAUAUAAAAACGUACAGGUCGUCAAUAAAUAAAUACUAAACACUUAUUACAAUGUACAAGGCACAAGAUUUGUUUCCUUAACGUGAAUAACAUGCUUAUACGUAAUCUAUCAUAACUUUGGUAAAACACGAUAUAUCAGCAAGAAUACUUAAAGCUAUCUGGUAAAAUUACUUACGAUAAUAGUACAGUUAAUAGCACGCUGUAUGGUAAACGAUACAAGGACUCAACGAAUCUUCAACAACUGGUAAUUUCUAUGCUAUAGUUCUAUUUACAAUUGGUAAAAAAAA